AUAAAGUGAUACUUUGAAGGUUAUAAUUGAAGCCACAUGCAUUUUACAAUAGCAAAUAUGAAGGCAGAAAUUUGUGUCUCACUGGCAGUUCUACGCAACGGAAGAUGUCUUUCUCCCUAUGUUUGGGAUUCGACAACUCUUCAAAUUGCUGGAAAUGGGAACAAUUGUUUCUGCAACCUCCACGGGAAGCACAAGGUGACAUGAACUUAACAACAACCACAGGAACUUAAUUAACACAAUCUCUCCUGCCUUCCACCUCUAACUUCAGCUCACCACCACUCCCCACGAUCUGUGGUGAGUAAUUGCUCAAAUGGCCAAGCUAAUCUCUUCCCCAAGAUAAACAAUCUCAGCAUUACUAAUCUUGCCUGGAAGAUUAUAUAAUACUGUGGCUCGCAUAUCGCGACAUAAUUGCGCAUGCGGCUUUCAUUAUUCUGUCGGUAUCAUCAAGAUCAAGAGUUCAGCUGCAACGACUUAACACACCCUCCCCACGGGGUUGACUCUGGAGAUUAAUUUUUGUUGGCUAAAAAAAGCCAGACAAUCUGAUGCUGAUUGUGAAGCUACCAUCCUUAGUCAACAAUUGGGGCCACCUGCACGGCUGCCUGCACCCUACAAAUACCCUUUUGGGGGGUACACGGCAGAAGCACUCAAGCAUUGUAGCAGCAGCAGCAGCAGUUCUCCGAGCUUUAGCCUCUCCUUGCCUUGAGCCCUCCCACAUUACUUCAUCUGCGCCAUCGAUGGAAAUCGACAUGAUGGCUCAGUUUCUUGGAACUGAUGAUCACUGCUUCACCUAUGAGUAUGAGCAUGUGGAUGAGUCCAUGGAAGCAAUAGCAGCUCUGUUCUUGCCUAACCUUGACACUGACUCCAACUCCUCUAGCUGUCUCAACUUUGAUGUCCCUCCACAAUGCUGGCCUCAGCCAGACCAUAGUUCUAGUGUUACAAGUUUGCUUGAUCCAACAGAGAACUUUGAGAGCUUUGAGUUUCCAGUUAUUGAUCCGUUCCCCGCAAGCGGCUUCGAUUCGCAUUGUGAGACCCCCUACCUUACUGAGUAUCCGAUCUCCCUACAUGGCAAACAUUCAUCAGUCAUAGAGGAAGAAGCAGCCAACGUUACGCCUGCUGCUAAAAAGAGGAAGGCUAGUGCUACCACCAAGGGAUCAAAGAAAUCCAGGAAGGUGAGCAAAAAGGAUUAUAUCGGCGACGAUGAUGGCGGCGAUGCCUAUGUUGACACGCAAAGCUCCAGUAGCUGCACCUCCGAGGACGGAAAUUUUGAAGGAAAUACGAAUUCAAGCACGAAGAAGGCCUACACUAGGGCCAGCCGUGGAGCAGCAACUGAUCCUCAGAGUCUCUAUGCAAGGAAGAGGAGAGAGAGGAUCAAUGAAAGGUUGAGAAUCUUGCAGAAAUUGGUUCCCAAUGGAACAAAAGUUGACAUUAGUACGAUGCUCGAGGAAGCAGCACAGUAUGUCAAAUUUUUACAGCUUCAAAUUAAGCUGUUGAGCUCUGACGAUACGUGGAUGUAUGCGCCAAUCGCGUACAAUGGGAUUAACAUCAGCAAUGUUGAUCUGAACAUCCCUUCUCUGCAAAAGUAAAUCUCUCCCGAGAGCUAUGGCGCUAGGUUCUAACAUUGAGUCAUAUAGGAAUCAAUUUGUUGUGGAUCAUAUAGUCCCCUGUAUCAUACUUGUAAUGAAACACCUUUUCAGUUUUUUUUUAAGAAACAGGAGGGGUUGCCCCUAAGUUUCUUUUGUUUUUUGUUUCUUGGCAUUUCCAAGUUCCAACAAAGGUAUACAAGGAAGUUACUGUAACCAUUUAAACGAUCAAAGAUCGUGGUGAUAUGAUCGAAUUCACAUUUAAGACAAUUAAUUUUAAUGUCACACAAGGCUGGCAUUUGUAUUUCUGUAACUUACUAUACUGGUACAAAAAUGCCAUCUUGGCUUCAUUAAAAGAUAAAGUAGCUUCUGUUAAUAUACAGUAGCAUGGUUAGAGAACACAAAAAAUGUUUGCUUCAUACCUGA